AAAUUUUGGACGAGCGUUCAGUGUGCAAUCUGCGAGUUCGACGUUCAAAACGUUUUCAAAACUUUUCGCGCUGUUCAGGAAAAGAGGGAAGAAAAAGCAUUUUAGGACAAUUGAAAUUGAAUAUUCACAGCCCGUAGCCAUGGAGAAAUCGUGUCGCCCCAAGCGUAAUCGUCGGCACAGCAGACGUGCCUGGCCACCAGAGGAUGAUUUGCAUUUGCCGCGAACUGCGAAACGCCUCUUCACGCCCGACAUCAAGCGCAUGCUGAAGGAUUGGCUGAUACGACGACGCGAGAAUCCGUAUCCAAGUCGGGAGGAGAAGAAGCAGCUGGCCGGAGAGACGGGCUUGACGUACACACAGAUCUGCAAUUGGUUUGCCAACUGGCGGCGCAAACUAAAAAACUCGGAGCGUGAAAAGGCGAAAAAAUCCUGGGGACAUUUGAUCAAGAACUACAAUCACAAUGCACGGGGCAAUGUGGAGCAGUUCAGCAUCUCGUCCGAGGAUAGCAUUUGGGAGGAGGACAUGCGUGUGUGUGCAGCCGAAGAUGACGAGGGCGAUGACGAGGACGACGAGUUGUCCAGCCGCAGCACAGGCAGCGACGGCAAUGGCAAUAAUGCCACCUCCAGCUACUCCUCGCCGCCAUACAAGCCCAACUUCUAUGUGGAAUCCGAGAUGCAGCACCAGCAGGUCCAUCAGCAGCAAAGUGAGCGCGUGCCCAUGUUGCCCACUGUUCCGGCUGGCAAGGCAAAGUACAAGCAGCAGAUGAUGGAGAAAUAUCUGCGGGACAGCAACGCCCUGGACUCGAGUGGGUCGACGGCUCCCAGUGACAGCACUGGCAACCAGCUAAACAAGUGGCUGGAGAGUGCGGCCAGAUUCACGCCGGACAGGCACAAUUAUCAUUUCGAGUGGAAUACGAGCAGGCACAAAUGCGCUGGGCAGGAGCGGCCCGUGCAGAGCCAGAUGCUGUUCACUAGCGAGGCCACUGCUGCGGCACGUGGCGAACGUUGGCUGCUGCAUCACAAGGACGAACUGGAUGCCGCCGAAGCGUUAGCUAACUUGGCCUUUAACUGCAGACAGCGUUGGCAACAUCAUAUGGCAGCCACAAUAAGCUCCUAGGACGACAUUCCAGGCCGUUGGAAAAGUGCAAUCUAGUUGAUAAGCUUUAAUUUAUAUGUAGUAUGAAAGACAAAUGAGGAAUAUUAUUUUCUUUUC